AUGAGUGUCCGCGGUAAGGGAGGCGGUGACAUUGUCCCCGGGGACAGUAACUCAGGGUCGUUCUCCCCAACACCGGAACUGGCUGCCCCAGACCCCCUGCACGAACUCCCCUUCGAGGCCAAGGACCGUAAAGGCACCUCGCUUCCGGCUAUCAAAAAGACGUUGGCCACCAAAGGCAUCGACCUGGAAAAGUCCAACAAGCGCAUCAACACCGCAGUGAAGAAGUUGGUGACCGACGGAAAGCUGGUCCAGAAUAAGGGGAUCGGCGCAUCCGGGUCCUUCAAGCUCCCCAAGGCUCAGACUACAGCCGCCAAGCCCGGCAAGAAAGCUCCCGUUAAAGUGAAGAAACCCGCUGCCAAGUCCCCCCAGAAGAAAACCGCAGCUAAGAAGACACCAGUGAAGAAGACUGCAGCCAAGAAAACCGCCGCUAAGAAACCAGCAGCCAAGAAACCAGCAGCCAAGAAGUCUCCUGUGAAGAAAGCGGCCAAAAAGCCAGCAGUGAAGUCUACUCCCAAGAAGGCUGCCCCUAAAAAGGUCGCGAAGAAGAAGACCCCUGUGAAGAAAGCUCCGGCAAAGAAAGCUGCAGCGAAGAAGACCAAGAAGUAA